UUCAGUCAACUUGUGAGUAUUUGUACCAGGUCCAGUAUUCAGAGGUUCACAGGAGCAGCAGUUCUCUUAACACUUGUAGUGCCUCAGAUCUAACGGUUUACUUUUGCGCUUUUUCUAAACUAGCUCGGUCAAAACCAUGGCCCAUUACGAAGAAGUUAACGUCCGCGGGUAUGAAGAAUUCAGUAAGGCUGUGUCUGAGAGAACAGGAAAGGAUAUUUUUGCUUAUUUUUCAGGCGAUAAAGACGCCCAGGGAAAGAGUUGGUGUCCAGACUGUGUAAAAGCUGAGCCAGUGGUCAGAGGAGAGAUGACUCACCUUCCUGAGGGCUCGGUCUUCAUCUACUGUCAAGUUGGAGAAAGAGCCUAUUGGAAGGAUCCAAGUAAUGACUUCAAGAAGACACUGAAGCUGAGCGGAGUCCCCACUCUGCUGCGAUAUGGAACACCUCAGAAGCUUGUGGAGGAGGAAUGCUUCAAAGCAGAGCUGGUUCGGAUGAUGUUCACUGAAGACUGAGGGACCCUGAACUGUUCACAUCACUCAUAAAGAAUUCAACAUUUCCACACUGUUUCACAGUAAAUCCAAUUAAACACCAUUCAAUUUCAGCACUACUGCAUCUUUGAAUAUUGAUAACCAUACACACCGAACAUCCUCCACUGACAUCUGAUGCAAAUCAGCUACAGUGUGAGUUUACAACUCUUAUAAUAAACCUCAUUAGUAACACGUAGCUAUCAUGGUGAUUUUAUAUCCGAAUACCUUCAAGAAGGACACAUACUGGAUUUAAUUCAUACACAUUUAUGAUCUAUGUGCAAUCAAUCAAUGCUGAACGGUAAUUGUAAGGUUGAUACGUGUCUCCUCAUGUAAUGUCAAACACACUAGUUAGUGAUUUAAAAAAAAUCAAUGUUUUUCUUACUGUGACUGUUUUUGCAUUCAGUUUGUGUUGCCUUGCUGUCGGCCUUGAAUAAAGUGAGACUUGAUGUUGAACA